GGAGAGUGUGUACAGCGCGGAGUGACUUGCGUGCCUCACCUUGUGGAAAGGAUGGUGGGCUCUGACCUCCUGUGGCUGGCCUUGGCCACCUGCGUUCUGACCCUGGCAUCCACUGUGCAGCCUGGUUAUGGAAACCCCACCGAAGUCAGUUCCUAUGGAUUGGACUUGGAUUGUGGAGCCUCUGGCUGUUCUGACCCCUGCCAGGAUUACACCCUCCUGGACGAACCCUUCCGAAGCAUAGAGAACACAGAAGACAUCCGGGGGUGUGACAGUGACUUGAGUGGCUGGUACCGCUUUGUGGGUGAAGGAGGAGUGAAGAUGCCGGAAACCUGUGUCCCGGUGUACCGAUGCCAGACGGACGCCCCCAUGUGGCUGAACGGGACCCACCCCGCCCUUGAGGAUGGCAUCGUCAACCGCACUGCCUGUGCCCACUGGAGUGACAACUGCUGUCUCUGGAACACGGAGGUGCUGGUGAAGGCCUGCGUGGGCGGGUACUACGUGUACCGGUUGCAGGGGACCCCUCAGUGCCGUCUGAGAUACUGCACAGAAUCUUCUACUGUGGAGGACAACUGCCAGGAGGUCUGCCGCCCUGAGGAGGAGUGCCGCCUCUCUGUCAGCGGCACCUGGGAAUGUUUCUGCAGACAGAACCUCAACGGCUCUGAUAUCCACGAUUUGCAACCUCAGCUGGACUGCGGGGCCAAGGAGAUCCAGGUGAAGCUGGACAAGUGUGUGCUGGGAGGCCUGGGUUUGGGGAACGAGGUCAUUGCCUAUUUGCGGGACCGAAACUGCAGCAGCAAUGUGCAGAGCGAGGACGGGGACUGGGUGUUUGUGACCAGCCCGGUCCAGGCUGGUGCCUGUGGGAACAUUUUGGAGAGAAAUCAAACCCAUGCCAUCUACAAAAACACCAUCUCCUUGGUCAAUGAUUUCAUCAUCAGAGACAUCAUCCUCAACGUCAACUUCCAAUGUGCCUACCCGCUGGACAUGAAAGUCAGCCUCCAAACUGCCCUGCAGCCCAUCGUAAGUUCCCUGAAUGUCAGCGUGGAUGGGGAGGGAGAGUUCAUUGUCAGGAUGGCCCUCUUCCAAGACUGGAACUAUACGAAUCCUUAUGAAGGGGCCCAGGCUGUGCUGUCGGUGGAAUCCAUACUCUAUGUGGGCGCCAUCUUGGAGAGAGGGGACACCUCCCGGUUCAACCUGCUCUUGAGGAACUGCUAUGCCACCCCCACUGAAGACAAGGCUGACCCUGUGAAGUAUUUCAUCAUCAGAAACAGCUGCCCGAAUCAAUAUGAUUCAACUAUCCACGUGGAGGAGAAUGGGAGGUCCUCGGAAAGCCGGUUCUCAGUUCAGAUGUUCAUGUUUGCCGGACAUUAUGACCUAGUGUUCCUGCACUGUGAGAUCCGUCUCUGUGAUUCCCUUAAUGAACAGUGCCAGCCUUCUUGCUCAAGAAAUCAAGUCCGCAGUGAAGUACUGGCCAUUGACUUAGCCCGGGUUCUGGAUUUGGGACCCAUCACCCGGAGAGGUGCCCAGUCUCCCGGUGUCAUGAAUGGAACGCCCCGCACCGCAGGGUUCCUGGUGGCCUGGCCCAUGACGCUCCUGACUGUCCUCCUGGCUUGGCUGUUCUGAGGGCUCAGCUGAGCAUCUGGCCUUGACAUUUGUGACCUUCCCUCUGGCAAUGGCUCCCAGUCACCCCUCAGCACUGCUGUUCCCUCUCCAAUCGUGCAGUCUCGGUAUUAACAGACUCAAGGCCAGGCUAGAUUUAGGGAAAGGGAAGAGCUUUUACCUUCUUUAACAUUCUCAGUGCUUUUGUAAUCCUCUUUUUUCCAUAACGGGGCCCCCGUCAGCCUGUCCUGGGCUGGCUUUCUCAUUUGUUAGUGGCACCUCCAAAGCAAACCUGCUAGGUGCCUCUGUGGCUCCAGCCUUUACCGGAAACAUAGUGCAUGAUUAUAACUCCAGGGAAGAGCUGUCCUGCCACUGGGGGUGGAGUGAGCAUGUAAAAGGGGCCCCUCCCAUGCCUCCUUCCCAAGCAUCUCCUGUUCUGACUGCUGAUGAAUUGAACAGACUGACCUUUGCGAUCAUUCUGCUUCCUCUGA